AGUUGUGACGGAACACAUGAAUGUUAAUGAGUUUUUUCUCUGACGGGAUCUUUUACAAAAAUAUAAAAGUAAUAUGAGUUGCAUGUAUGUAAGAUAUUUUUCAGUCGUCUGAAGCUCCCAAUUUCCACUUAGAUGGCAAGGCAGCAGGGGUUUUGAUCAGGCGCGCGCCGCGGGCAGCUUCUACUUCAGGCGGUCUUCGGCGGCCGAACGAAGGACCCGAGUCACUGGAGGAGCAAAAUGGCGACAACGGCUGCAUCCUCCGCCUCAGAACCGGAGCCUGAGCCCAAGAUUGGACCCACAGUUGUGUCCAAAGUCGAAGGAGAGGAGGAUGAGAUUAAGGAUACUAGGACGAGGAGGAAGGUGUUAUCGCGGGCUGUGGCUGCUGCGACGUACAAGACCGUAGGGCCCGGGUGGGAUCCGCAAGAGGAAGGCGUGAGUGAGAGCGAUGGAGAUGAAGACUACGCCAUGGCUUCUUCCGCUGAGAGCUCUCCCGGAGAGUACGAGUGGGAGUACGACGAAGAAGAGGAGAAGAACCAGCUGGAGAUCGAGCGGUUAGAGGAGCAGCUGUCUAUCAACGUCUAUGACUACAACUGCCACGUGGACCUGAUCAGGCUGCUUCGACUGGAAGGGGAGCUCACCAAAGUGAGAAUGGCUCGUCAGAAGAUGAGUGAGAUCUUUCCUUUGACUGAAGAGCUCUGGCUGGAGUGGUUGCACGACGAGAUCAGCAUGGCCCUGGAUGGCCUGGACAGGGAGCAUGUGUACGAACUCUUUGAGAAGGCUGUGAAGGAUUACAUUUGUCCUAACAUUUGGCUGGAGUACGGCCAAUACUCAGUCGGUGGGAUUGGCCAGAAGGGUGGUCUUGAGAAAGUGCGCUCUGUGUUUGAAAGGGCUCUCUCGUCCGUCGGUUUACACAUGACCAAAGGCCUCGCCAUAUGGGAGGCUUAUCGAGAAUUUGAAAGUGCGAUCGUGGAAGCUGCUCGGCUUGAGAAAGUCCACAGUCUCUUCCGGCGGCAGUUGGCGAUCCCACUCUGUGAUAUGGAGGCCACAUUUGCAGAGUAUGAAGAAUGGUCAGAAGAUCCAAUACCAGAGUCGGUAAUCCAGAACUAUCACAAAGCACUACAGCAGCUGGAGAAGUACAAACCCUAUGAGGACGCACUGCUGCAAGCAGAGGCACCAAGGCUGGCAGAGUAUCAAGCAUACAUCGAUUUUGAAAUGAAAGCUGGUGAUCCUGCUCGUAUUCAGUUGAUCUUUGAGCGUGCCCUGGUCGAGAACUGCCUCGUUCCUGACUUGUGGAUCCGUUACAGUCAGUACCUAGAUCGGCAGCUAAAAGUCAAGGACUUGGUUUUAUCUGUACACAGUCGAGCUGUUAGAAACUGCCCCUGGACGGUUGCCCUGUGGAGUCGGUAUCUCUUAGCCAUGGAGAGAUACGAAGUUGAUCAUCAGACAGUUUCGGCCACCUUCGAGAAAGCUCUGAGUGCCGGCUUUAUUCAGGCCACUGAUUACGUAGAGAUUUGGCAGGCGUUCCUUGAUUACCUGAGGAGAAGAGUUGAUUUCCAACAAGACUCUAGUAAAGAGCUGGAAGAGCUGAGGUCCGCGUUUGCGCGCGCCGUGGAGUAUCUGAAGCAGGAGGUUGAAGAGCGUUUCAAUGAGAGUGGAGACCCGAGCUGUGUGAUCAUGCAGAACUGGGCUCGGAUUGAGGCUCGACUGUGCAAUAAUAUGCAGAAAGCCCGGGAACUCUGGGACAGCAUCAUGACCAAAGGAAAUGCCAAAUAUGCCAACAUGUGGCUUGAGUAUUACAACCUGGAAAGGGCACACGGUGACACCCAGCACUGCCGGAAGGCUCUCCACCGGGCCGUCCAGUGCACCAGCGACUACCCUGAACAUGUCUGUGAGGUGCUGCUCACCAUGGAGAGGACAGAAGGUACUUUAGAAGACUGGGAUAUAGCUGUUCAGAAAACAGAAACUCGACUAGCUCGUGUUAACGAGCAGAGAAUAAAGGCUGCGCAGAAGGAAGCAGCCCUAGCCCAGCAAGAGGAAGAAAAGGCUGAGCAGCGGAAGCGGGCCCGGGCUGAGAAGAAAGCCCUGAGAAAGAAGAAAAAGAUUCGUGGUGAAGACAAACACAAAGCAGAUGAGGAUGAUGAGAAAGAGUGGGGCGAUGAUGAAGAAGAGCAGCCUUCCAAACGCAUGAGGGUUGAGAACAGCAUUCCCCUAGCUGACGAAGCACAAGGUAUGCAAGCAGUGCUGGCUGGGAAGAGGGCACCUGUGGAUGUCGACCCCCCUUCCAAGCAGAAGGAAAAGGCUGCCUCUCUGAAGAGGGACAUGGCCAAGGUUCCUCAUGACAGCAGUAAAGACAGCAUCACAGUGUUUGUCAGCAACCUGCCCUACAGCAUGGGGGAACCGGACAUGAAGCUCAGGCCUCUCUUUGAGAGCUGUGGUGAAGUGGCAGAGAUCCGCCCCAUCUUCAGCAACCGCGGGGACUUCCGAGGGUACUGCUAUGUGGAAUUUAAAGAUGAGAAAUCAGCUCUUCAGGCCCUGGAAUUAGACCGUAAAAAUGUGGAAGGGAGGCCAAUGUUUGUCUCCCCCUGUGUGGAUAAGAGCAAAAAUCCUGAUUUUAAGAUAUUCAGGUACAGCACUGCCUUGGAGAAGCACAAGCUGUUCAUCUCGGGCCUGCCUUUCUCCUGCACCAAAGAGGAGCUGGAGGAAAUCUGCAAAGCUCACGGCACCGUGAAGGACCUCCGGCUGGUUACUAACCGGGCUGGCAAACCCAAGGGCCUGGCUUACGUGGAGUAUGAAAAUGAAUCCCAGGCAUCGCAGGCUGUCCUGAAGAUGGACGGCAUGACCAUCAAGGAGAACAUCAUCAAAGUGGCAAUCAGCAAUCCGCCUCAGAGGAAAGUGACAGAGAAGCCAGAGGCCAGGAAAGCACCAGGUGGCCCCAUGGUGCCACGGCAGAUUUAUGGAGCGCGGGGGAAGGGAAGGACCCAGCUCGCUCUCCUGCCUCGAGCCCUGCAACGCCCAAGCACUGCAACUCCCCAGGCCGAGAAUGGCCCUGCCCCGCGUCCAGCGGUCGCCACCUCAACAGCCACCGAGGCGCCCAAGAUGUCCAAUGCGGAUUUUGCCAAGUUGCUUCUGAGAAAGUGAAGGGGACUGAGUGAGAGGAGGGAAAUGCCUUACUGCGUGCUGGUCAGGAGCCCACCAGAUACCCAGC